AUGAAAUUGCGUAGUAACACUAGAAAUUUGAAAUCAAAAUGGCGGAUAUCAAAAGAAAAAUAUUUUAAAAAUGAACUGUCUGAUUUUAAAGAUAACAUUAUAAUAUCCGUGUGCUGGGUGGCUGGUGCUGGUGUGGGGCUGCUGCCUUUAUUUGGCUGGCACGCGGCCGAGGACUCAAACCGUGGUUGUUACUUUGUUGAAGUCAUGGACUAUAACUAUCUCCUCUUAAUAUACUUCGCUACCAUCGUCACACCCAGCGUUCUGUUAGCCGCUUUCUACGCCCAUAUCUACAGGGUGGUCGUUAAACAGAUGAGCGCUGUGGUGACCGUAGAAGGAGGGCAGGGUCAAAGAGGAACCAUGCUGAGGGUUUUGGGAGCGGCACAGAAGAGAGAAGUCAAGGCCACCCAGAAUCUGGCUAUCAUAGUUUUCUUCUUCAUCAUAUGCUGGAUACCGUUGUACACUAUAAAUGCCAUCAAGGCCUUCAGACCAGAACUGGAUAUUCCUAAUCCGUUAACAUAUUUUUGUAUUAUAUUUUCUCAUCUGAAUUCAGCGAUUAAUCCACUUUUAUAUGCAUAUCAUUUAAAAGAUUUCCGUGCAGCUCUAAAAGGUUUAAUUCUGACGAUGCUGGGAAGAGGAGUGCCGUUACCAGCGGCCUAUCGACCCCCUGUACCUAUUAGGAGACCAGCUUUAGAGAGAUGUAAUGCUUUAAGGGAGAGACCACGAGUGUACGUGAAUUCUCCGGUCUGGUUGAGACAAAGAGAGGCCGAGAUGACAGCGAGUAUUGAAAAAAACAAAUCAACGAAAAUACAUGCCGAUCCAGAUAUGGAACCGUUUCUUAAUAAAUCCGUUCAAGAAGGAUCUGGUGUAGACAAGAAAGACAGUGGGCCGUAUCUGAUAGAACCGACCCAAGAAUCACAGAGCCCUUAUAAGAAAGUAGAAGAAUUGAUCCGGAGGGUUCGUAGCGUGAGUUCAGAACACAGUUGA